UAAUCUAACUUACGCAUGCGCAACGCCCUUAGAAACAAUUGCUAUUUAUGCCGCCAUGAUGGUCUUCAAUAAUUAAUGUCAACGAUCAUCAUCAAUUUUCACCUGUGCAUCUGCACGCAAGAAGGAUAUUUGAGAUCUAACCAGCCUCGCAGUAUUACGAAGACAUCACGCAAUGAGUGAUCGUGGUAGUGAUGAAGAAAGAGAUGAUGAACAAGAAGAAGAGGAAAGCACAGGCCAGAAAUAUGAGACAGUUAUCUCUGCCUUGCCUCCCCGGGUUGUUCAACAGGAGGAAAGUCAGGUGGAAGUGUCAGCCAGCCCUGCCUUCCAGUGUCUAGAUGAGAUGUUUCAUGAAGGAAAACUUACGGGAACGAAAGUUGCUCUUUUGAAAGCAAAAUAUACUGAUCUUCAUGAAACUCUGAAAAGGACUCGGGAGAGUGAGGCUAACCUACUGAACACAGCCAAGGAACAUACUAUUGAGUUGGAAAGACAGCGCUCAGAACUUGAGAAGGGAGACAACUUCCCAGACAGCUCCAACACGGAGGUGACCAAAAUGAGACAGCAGUUAAUGAAACACAACAAUGAAUAUGCCCAGAUCAAGGAGCGCGAGUACCAACAGCAGUAUGAGCUGGAAACGUUGUCAGAAGAGAAAAAAAUAAUGGAGAGGGAAUAUUCAAGAAUGCCAAAACAAGGGGAAAUUGAAAAGAAACUGAAAGAAAUACAGGCUGCAUGUGAGGAUAUGAAGAAAGAAAUUGUUCAGCGUCAAAUGGAAGCCAAGACACUCCGUGAGGAUAUGGACACAACUCAUCGUCAGUGUUUGGCUGAACAGAAGGAAUAUGAUCAGCUUAAGUCAGAGAUGGAAAAUCUCAAGGGUGACCUUGUGCAAAUCAACACACUUCCAAACCAAAUAGCUAAGGAGGCUGACAAACUACACAGACAAAAGCUUGAGGUGGAAAAGAGCUUGACAAAACUAGAGGAUGAAUACCAAGACAUCCUUGAGGAAUCAAAAGGCAUGGAGUCCAAGAAGAAUGCAUUACAGACAGAAAAGUUUGAUACGGAGUCAGAACUUGCUAAAACAAGGGCCAUGCUUGACCAAAAAGAACGAGAGUACAACAUGCUUAUCAAGGACUUUGAGUUUGCUAAGGACAGAGAGGCUGUACUGAUGGGAGAUAGAUCCACACUUGACAUGAGCUUGAGACACAUCCACCUGGAAAAGAAAAACACACACGAUGUUCAUUCUAGAAAGAGUCGAGAAAAAGAUAGGGAUUUGAGAAAUUUGAAGAAGGCAGAACUUCAGUUCAAAGUUGCUGAAGAAAGCCUGUCACACACAAAGUCAGUACAUGAAAAGGUUAAAGGACAGAUUGAUUCCUUGCCAAAAGAUGACGGUACCCUACAGAAGAAGAGGGAGGAAUUAGCGAAAGAGGUGGAGCACACAAAACGAUCACUGGCUCAGCAGAACAAUCUGACAGCAGUUGAACAUGUGAAGCUGGAAGCUAGUGCGGCCGAGGAACAGAACCUGCUGUAUGACCAGAGUGACCUGAGAAUAGAGGUUGUCGAACUUACUCGGCUUGCUGCCAUCAAGGCUGAUGAGAGAGAACAAAAAGCCAGAGAUUUCAUGAGGGCAGAAAUGAGGUUCCACAAAGCCAUCGAAGACCUGAAAACAAAGGAACUUCAAAUACAGGACCAUCACAAGAAACACCAGGAGAUGCAAACAAAGUUGAAAGAGUUUGCGAAGCUUUAUGAGCUGAUUAAGAAUGAGAGAAACAAGUGUGUGAAUCUGAUACAGACAAGUACACAGAAGGCAGCCGAGAUGAAGGAAAAGAUCAAAAUCCUUCAGAAUGAGAUGGAAAUUCUACGCACAGCCGUCAUGCAAAAAGACAGAGAGCUGCAGAAACACAGAUUAAAACACAUGAACAGUAUUGUGAUGAGAGACAGUUUGAGGAAUGAAGUAGCUAAACAAACAAAUAUUUACAAUGACAUGAAAGCUACAGUGGAACAACAGAAAAUGGACCUAAAUAAACUCAAUAAUAUGAUGAACGCGGGUGAGGAGGAGAGCACACGGUUGAGGAACAGAUACUCAAAGGAGGAACAGAAGAGAAAUGACAGAGGUCUGAAGUUGAUAGAAAGAGAAGAAGAAGUAUGCAUAUUCUACGAAAAAGUAAAUAUUGAAGAACAAAUGAUAAGAAAUGGCAAUGUAGAGCUACAAGCCAAGGAAGAGGAGAUUCGUUUCCUCAAGAUGCAACUGAAUGAAGAGAACCGUUCUAUUGAACUGCUAAGGAAAAACAUGCCACACAAGCAUGCCCUUGAGCAAGAACUUGUCACACUACAGAUCCAGUUACAACAGUGUCAGGACCGUAUGCUGGACCUAGAGAAGGAGCUGGAAAACCCAUAUGAUGAGACACGUGUACGCUCACUGGAAGGAAAGGAUCUGCCACCUGCCGAAUUACAGGACAAAAUCGAAAAUUUGGAAAUGAGACUUGCAGAAAAGGAGGAGCACUUGUUGGAAAAGGAUCUAAUAUUUGAACAAGUAACACGACUCGCGAGUCGAGUCAAGGUGAAGGCGGAGGAUGGCAAAGAUGAUACACUUGGACUUGCCAAAAAUGUGAAUGGAUUACAAGGAAAAAUCAAAGAUGCAUACAGAAAGAUGAGAGGUCUUGUGGCUGAGCUGUCUAUGAACACAGCAACUGCUCUUCAACUGCAACAGACUUUGAAGGAGAAGGAAGCCGACCUAGAACAGUGCUAUAUCAGGAUGGAGAAGGGUGAACCACCAUGUGACGAGUUUGAACACGACUGGAAUCGUUUGAUGGCCAUUGAAGACAGGAUCAUGAGAGACAAGGAGGAGAGUAGACUGAUUCAGGAGGAAGAAGAGCAAUACAAGAUUGCAGGAGGAACAACCACGACAGCGGACCCCAGACCAAACGCUUACAUUCCUGAUGACGACAGUGAACUUCCCAUUCCCAGACCCUAUGGCAGACAUGCACCUUUCAAACCCACAGAGCCAGGAUCUACAAUGCGUCACAUUCGCAAACCUGUACCUAAACCCAUUGAAAUAUAGAACCAUCUCAACAUGUUCAUCUUGUUAAGUAAAAUACACCCAUGAAAAAAGUGUAUGAAAGUAUGAAUAUCAGUAAAUGUGAAAGGCUCCAGCCUGUUUUAUACUGAUGCAGUUUUCAACUCCAACAGUGAUUAUCUUCAAUACAGACAUCUGGCUGUAAAAGAUCUGAGACUGUUUGUCACUAGGAGUACUGGAUGGACAGUAUGUAAACUAGAUCUGGAGGAAAGCUUACCUUGUUGACUUGUUUGACCUACCAACAGCAUUUCAUUUCAUAAGUGCAUUCUAGGACAAAAAUGAUUUGAACAGAAUGACUUUCUCUGGCAGUGCCUUGAUUGUGUAUCAGCAUUGCUCACAUGAUCUUUGAUAUUUAGCCAAUUAUUCUUUAUGUUCUCACGUGACAUCUACGGGACAGUGUACUUAGUUUGGCAAGCCUUUCUGAGAAAACACUUGAUACCAAACAAGGGUUGUUGACAGUCCUUGAUACCAAACAAGGGUUGUUGACUGUCCUUGAUACCAAACAAGGGUUGUUGACUGUCCUUGAUACCAAACAAGGGUUGUUGACAGUCCUUGAUACCAAACAAGGGUUGUUGACUGUCCUUGAUACCAAACAAGGGUUGUUGACAGUCCUUGAUAUCAAACAAGGGUUGCUGACUGUCCUUGAUACCACAUUAUCUAAGGGUGUGAUGUUUUGUUGUCUAUCAGAUAAUGUUAAAACCAGUCAGCUGUGAUAGAACUCACUGGUUAAACCUUCUUUUUAGGACUCUGUAAUUCAUGUCAAUAUUCCUGUGAUAGCAUGGAUUAUAGUGUUUACAGAUUCACACUUUAAUUGGAAUAGAAUUUAUAAUACGAUUACUACUACAGAUCUGAUUAUCAACUCCAAACCUAGCAUUAGGCCACAUACAUAAUGUAUGGAUGAUAAUAACAAUGUAAAGUCACUGAGAUGCUAAACUAUAGAAUCUUAUUAUAAUGUUUUAUGUCCAAGUGAUAAAGAAGAAAUUUCAUAAUAGUGUAUUAGCACGCUAGCCAGCUAUGUUCUAGAAAGAGGUACAUUGUAGGGUGGGAUGCGAGAUUGAUGAGUGGGAAUCACUGAUCCGUGAUGAUUAUCUGUGAUAUGAGUGAGAAUGUAUGGUUUCGUUAUUCACCAGAGAGGUUGUUACACCAUGGAGUUUUUUUUAUUUAUUAGCUUAAGGUGUAAUAUUGACCUCUUUUUGUAUGGUACUUAUAGGCAUGAAUGUAAAUAUGUAAAUACAUGUACAUAUGUAAAGAAUCAGAGGACAUACUGGUAUACUCCUGGGCAUGUCUUUUCAAAUAAAAUGAAGAAAUAUAAAAUGUU